AUGGCGAAGAAAGCAUUGGCCAAGGAUCAAAUCGUGAAGCUCAUCGUGGGCGCCGGACAGGCGAGUCCCAGUCCCCCGGUCGGUCCAGCUCUGGGUAGCAAAGGUGUUAAGAGUAUGGAUUUCUGCAAGGAGUUUAAUGCCCGAACAGCACACAUCAACACCGGUGUCCCAGUCCCCGCGCGUGUCACCGUCCGUCCAGACCGUUCCUUCACCUUUGACCUCCGCACCCCAACCACGACCUGGCUUUUAUUGCAGUCGGCCAACGUGGAACCUCGCAAGAACCGAAUCCGUGGCGCUAUGAACCCGGGCCACGAGACUGUUGGCAAGGUCUCGUUGAAGCAUGUGUAUGAGAUUGCUCAGAUCAAACACUCGGAGAUGAGAUUAUCGGGGUUGUCUCUGCCGGGAUUGUGCAAGAGUAUCAUUGCACAGGCCAAGUCGAUUGGAAUUCAGGUUGUCCCAUAA